AUGUACGAAGACGGCUGGUACAGCUUCGUGCCGGAGCUCAGCAGCAGCAGCAACAAUGGGAGAAGCGAGACCUCAAACGGCAAGCCUCGAGGCCACCAGCGCAAGGAAUCGCUCCUCCAGCAGCCCAACGUGGGUGUCUCGUCUCCUGUCUACCGACAUACGCUCGAGGAUGUCCUGGAAGAGCUCGAGCACACCAAUGACCCUCCCGAGCCCACGUUAUCCCGCCGAGCCGCCUCAUAUUCCGACUUCUACGAUGUUGUCAAGGCGGAGCUUCACAAACAGUCGCAGCGCAGGCCGCGGCGAAAAGCCGACAGGAGGAGCAGACACUGGGAGGCCUUGACCCUCUUCAACGAGAGCUCUGAAGCUUUCCACUAUGCUCAAGAGGACGCCGGGUCAACGAAACUGCUAGACGACCGACUGCUGGAGGAGAGCCAGCGAGAGUACCUGCUUUACCGCGACCAACUGAAGGUGACUGAGCGCCAUCUCGAAGGCCUGAUUAGCAAUGCCAAUGACGCGCUAAUGCUGCUCACGACCUUGUCGCAAUCCUUCCAGUCUGUCGAGGCCCAGACGUCGACUUUCCAGGCGCAAUGCGAAGAGCUCCUGACCGAGCAGCGGCGACUGGAGAAGCUGGCAGACGAAGUUGGAACUGAUCUAUACUACUACGGCUAUCUGGAGAAAGCAACAAGACGGCUGAAUGCUCCCGGGGCCAGUCAAUUGGUAGAGGACGACGACUUUGGUGAGAUGGUGGAGAACAUUGAUGCCUGCAUCAAGUUCAUGACCGCCCAUGAGAAAUACCGCGAGCGUGACUCGUAUCUAGCACGAUACAAUGCCCUGCUCACAAAAGCAUUGCAUCUUCUGGACCAUGGCUUCAACAGUUGCCUAGAAAAAGUGUCCAGUGACAUUGGGCGUCAAAUCGCCGCCACGAAGUCAGAAUCUGCUCGUCACGCACUCGCCUAUGGCAGGUUCGAAGAGAUGAUGGCGCAAUCUUACUCCCUACUACCAAACGUCCGGAAGGUGGUCCGAUCGGCUUACCACGUAUAUGGCCAGCCAGUAGAAGCCACGACUACAACAGCGACAUAUGCCAACGUCGUCAACACCAUCUUUCGAACAUACUUUUCUACCCGUGAUCGAGACUUGAAACUGAUGACGCAGCAUGAUGUAGACGAGUACCAGAAAGAAGUCAAAAGCUUGUCGGUAGAGACAGCUUCCAGAAACUUUGUGAAACAGCUGUUUGAGCGGAUUUAUAGCGAAGAUGGCCUGUUUACCAAGAUCUUCAGCAUAGAGCUCGCUUGGAGCCCCUCUCCCGACUCCGCUUUCCAUGCUGUCAAGCAAAUCAACACGGCAAUGGUUCACCCGGGCAACCUCGUGCCGUUGGCCACCAACUUGCAAGCCGUGCUUCAGAACGCUCGGCUCCAGGAAACAUGCAACGUGGUUGGCUGGCUGGCCAACGAGUACGCCGUGGCAGAGGUUGACGAGGAGGAGUCGCCGUCAUUCAGGAAGUACAGAGAGUACGCCGCCAGACUGCUUGCAGACCACCUCUGGCCUUUUACAGACAGUCUAUUCGAAGCGGAGAUUGUCAGAUCCAUCACCAAAGCCCCAACGCAGGAUGGCCACCUCAAGAUUGGCCCCGUCGUGGGCGGAGUGGCCUCUUCGAACGCAUAUCCCCUAGUCAAGCGCGCCAUUGAGCUUUUGGCCAUGUUUGAUCAGGCAAUGCCCAAGGAGAGAUCUGCCAAGAACAGCCCGGUUGUGUUCAAGAUUGUCCGCGAGACGAUACAGAUUCUCCAGCGCGCCGAGGCAAGGAUCAAAUCGCUCAAGACGGACACCGAUCCCGACCUGUUCAUGGUCAAGAAUCUACUCAUCAUCAAGAACGAAUUGGUGUCGCUUGAGAUUGGCGAUAUCCGAAGCCAGCCGGCCAUGCAGCACUUUGGCCAGAUCUGGGACACGCUGAGCCCACAGAACUGGGUGGGAUUCUUCGCGAGCAUCAUCAGCGGCAAUCUGUGGUCUCGAGGCGCACCGUCCGUCACGGCCAAGACGCUUACCGUCGAGGACAUGAGCGAGCAGCUGGAUGAGCUUCUGCGCCAGUCCAUUUACGCCUUUACGAAGCGAUGGGCUUCCCUGAUCAAUGACUCCCAGAGCCGAAAGCCCGGCGUGAAGCCCAUUGCAAAGGUAGAGGCCGAGCUGGAGACCAUACUCGACACGGCAUUCAGUAACCAGCCCGAGGUCAUUGCGAAGCUGAAGGAAGCCAUACAGCAGAAUGCGCAGGCGCAAAAGGAGGCACAGGGUCCUGGGAACGGGGCUCGGAGAUAUUAG